AUGUAUGUUCUGCACUACACGUAUGUUCUGCACUACACGUAUGUUCUGCACUACACGUAUGUUCUACACUACACGUAUGUUCUGCACUACACGUAUGUUCUGCACUACACGUAUGUUCUGCACUACACGUAUGUUCUACACUACACGUAUGUUCUGCACUACACGUAUGUUCUACACUACACGUAUGUUCUGCACUACACGUAUGUUCUACACUACACGUAUGUUCUGCACUACACGUAUGUUCUGCACUACACGUAUGUUCUACACUACACGUAUGUUCUGCACUACACGUAUGUUCUGCACUACACGUAUGUUCUGCACUACACGUAUGUUCUACACUACACGUAUGUUCUGCACUACACGUAUGUUCUACACUACACGUAUUAUGUUCUGCACUACACGUAUGUUCUGCACAACACGUAUGUUCUACACUACACUUAUGUUCUACACUACACGUAUGUUCUGCACUACACGUAUGUUCUGCACUACACGUAUGUUCUGCACUACACGUAUGUUCUACACUACACGUAUGUUCUGCACUACACAUAUGUUCUACACUACACGUAUGUUCUACACUACACGUAUGUUCUGCACUACACGUAUGUUCUGCACUACACGUAUGUUCUGCACUACACGUAUGUUCUACACUACACGUAUGUUCUACACUACACGUAUGUUCUGCACUACACGUAUGUUCUACACUACACGUAUGUUCUGCACUACACGUAUGUUCUGCACUACACGUAUGUUCUACACUACACGUAUGUUCUACACUACACGUAUGUUCUACACUACACGUAUGUUCUGCACUACACGUAUGUUCUACACUACACGUAUGUUCUACACUACACGUAUGUUCUACACUACACGUGGAAACCAGGUGGAGAACCAGGUGGAGAACCAGGUGGAGAACCAGGUGAAGAGUCAGGUGGAAACCAGGUGGAGAACCAGGUGGGGAACCAGGUGGAGAGUCAGGUGGAAACCAGGUGGAGAGUCGGGUGGAAACCAGGUGGAGAACCAGGUGGAGAGCCAGGUGGAGAGUCAGGUGGAGAGUCAGGUGGAGAACCAGGUGGAGUGUCAGGUGGAAACCAGGUGGGGAACCAGGUGGAGAGUCAGGUGGAGAACCAGGUGGAGAACCAGGUGGAGAACCAGGUGGAGAGUCAAGUGGAGAACCAGGUGGAGAACCAGGUGGAGAGCCAGGUGGAGAACCAGGUGGAGAACCAGGUGGAGAACCAGGUGGAGAGUCAAGUGGAGAACCAGGUGGAGAACCAGGUGGAGAGCCAGGUGGAGAACCAGGUGGAGAACCAGGUGGAAAAGCAGGUGGAGAGUCAGGUGGUAUAUUUGUGCGUAUUACACUGA